AUGUCCGACAGUACUCAAAAAUUAUGGGGUGGAAGAUUCACUGGUGAAACCGAUCCUUUGAUGCAUCUUUACAAUGCGUCUCUUCCGUACGAUUACAAGAUGUACAAGGCCGAUUUGGAAGGCACUAGGGUAUACACUGCCGGUUUACAGAAGCUGGGUCUUUUAACACAGGCAGAGCUAGCCAAAAUUCAUGAAGGUUUGGCCGAAAUCAAGCAAGAAUGGGAUGCUGACAAAUUUAUCCGUCAUCCAAACGAUGAGGAUAUCCAUACUGCUAAUGAGAGACGUCUCGGUGAAAUAAUUGGUCGUGAUAUUGCCGGUAAAGUCCAUACCGGUAGAUCUCGUAAUGAUCAAGUAGUUACCGAUUUGAGGAUAUACUGUCGUGACGUUGUCAAUGACAAUCUCUUUCCGGCUCUAAAGGGCUUGGUCGAUGUCCUAAUCAAGAGGGCAAAAGGUGAAAUAAAUAUUCUGAUGCCAGGCUACACACAUCUACAAAGAGCUCAACCCAUUAGAUGGUCUCACUGGUUGAGUUCGUACGCAACGUACUUCACAGAAGAUUACAAAAGAUUGGACCAAAUACUUCAUAGGUUGAACCAAUCACCAUUGGGUGCAGGCGCUCUUGCUGGACAUCCUUACGGUAUUGAUAGAGAAUUUUUGGCUGAAGGUCUAGGUUUCAACAGUGUCAUUGGUAACUCUAUGGUUGCCGUUUCUGAUAGGGAUUUCAUCGUGGAAUUGAUGUUUUGGGGGACCUUGUUCAUGAACCAUAUUUCUCGUUUUGCCGAAGAUUUGAUUAUAUAUUGCACGGCUGAAUUUGGUUUCAUUCAGUUAAGCGAUGCCUACUCAACAGGUUCCUCCUUGAUGCCUCAAAAGAAGAACGCCGACUCGUUAGAGUUGUUGAGAGGGAAGUCCGGAAGAGUAUUUGGUGAUCUAACAGGAUUCUUGAUGAGUUUGAAGGGUAUUCCAUCCACUUACGAUAAAGACAUGCAAGAAGAUAAGGAACCACUGUUCGAUUGUUUGACCACUGUAGAACACUCCAUGCUGAUCGCCACGGGUGUUAUUUCUACAUUAACUGUGAAGAAGGAGAAGAUGGAAGCUUCUUUAACCAUGGAUAUGUUGGCCACCGAUUUGGCAGAUUACUUAGUCAGAAAGGGCGUUCCAUUCAGAGAGACCCAUCACAUCUCUGGCGAGUGUGUUGCUACUGCUGAAAAAUUGGGUCUCGAUGGUAUUGAUAAAUUAACUUUAGAGCAGUACCAAAAGAUCGAUCCAAGAUUUGCUGGAGACCUCUUUGCAACUUUCAACUUCGAGCAGAGUGUAGAAAGAAGAGAUGCCACAGGCGGCACUGCUAAAUCAGCUAUACUGAAACAGUUGGAUAAUCUUAAAUCUCAAUUAAAGUAA